AUUUAUUCAAGUCUUUCAUGGAGUUCACUCAAGAAAAAAAUCUACCUAUGGAUAAACUUCUCUCAGUGUGUACUGAUGGUGCUCCGUGUAUGGUGGGGAAAAACAAAGGAUUUUUGGCGCUUCUCCGUGAACAUGAAAAUAGACCCAUCCUAAGUUUCCACUGCAUUCUACACCAGGAGGCACUUUGUGCUCAGAUGUGUGAUGGGCAGCUUGGCGAAGUAAUGUCGCUGGUCAUUCGUGUGAUCAACUUUAUUGUUGCUCGAGCCUUAAAUGAUCGCCAGUUUAAAACACUGCUGGAUGAAGUUGGAAAUAACUAUCACGGUCUGCUUUUGCACAGCAAUGUGCGUUGGUUGUCAAGAGGGAAGGUGCUUAGCCGUUUUGCAGCUUGCCUGAACGAAAUCCGAACUUUCCUUGAAAUGAAAGGCAUCGAGCAUCCUGAGCUAGCCGAAACCGAGUGGCUCCUCAAGUUUUACUAUCUCGUGGAUAUGACUGAACAUCUGAACCAGCUCAACGUGAAAAUGCAAGGCAUUGGAAAUACAGUGUUGUCCCUUCAACAAGCCGUGUUUGCUUUUGAAAACAAGCUGGAGCUCUUCAUCAUGGAUCUUGAAACAGGUCGUUUACUACAUUUUGAAAACCUGAGACAAUUUAAAGAUGCAUGCACAGCAAGUGAGCCCACUCAAAACUUUGAUCUCCACCAGCUAGCUGGCUUCACAUCCAGUCUCCUACAGUCGUUCAAAGCACGCUUUGGAGAAUUUCGUGAGCACAGUUGUCUUUUUAAGUUCUUCGCCCAUCCAAACGAGUGUUCACUGAACACAGGCGACCUGAGUUACAUUCCUGGUGUCUCUGCCAGAGAUUUCGAAGCAGAAGUGGCUGACCUGAAGGCCUCAGACAUGUGGGUGAAUAAGUUCAAGUCGCUGAAUGAAGAUUUGGAAAGAAUCGGACGACAGAAAGCAGAGUUGGCGAGCAAGCACAUGUGGACAGAAAUGAAAAAACUUCAACCCGAAGACCAGCUGAUUAUCAAAACUUGGAACGCGCUUCCUGUCACAUACCAAACACUGCAGCGUGUGAGUAUUGCUGUAUUGACCAUGUUUGGAUCUACGUAUGCAUGUGAGCAGUCAUUCUCACAUCUUAAAAACAUCAAGUCCAACCUACGAUCACGUUUAACGGAUGAAAGCCUCAACGCUUGCAUGAAGCUAAACCUCACCAAGUACCAACCAGACUACAAAGCCAUCAGCAAAUCCAUGCAGCACCAGAAGUCGCAUUAAUGGUGAGUAUUAUAACAUUAUUUAAAAGAAUAAAUUCAGAGGCUUAUUAUACCCAUUUAGUUGAAUUCAGCCUUAAAAUACAUUAUAUGGCUCUCACUGAAAUAAAUUUCCAAAUAUUUUGCUUUCAUGGCUCUCUGAGUCAAAAAGGUUCCCGACCCCUGGGCUAUUGGAAGGAAUAUAGUUGGACAUUUUCGCCACUCUCAUCUCACCACCUGUCGGCUGAGAGACAUACAGCAAGAGUUGGGCAUGAAAACCAAGAUGCUACAGCAAGAUGUCACAACCAGGUGGAAUAAUACUUUUGAUAUGAUGAAAAGUCUACUGGAUCAGAAGCGCGCACUGCACGG